AUGAGCCGUAAAACCCCCGGGUCUCGGCACAGACUGCAGCAGGCUCCCUGGGAUGACUGGCAGCACAGACUUGAUAGUUCGUUGUCCGCUCAGGAGGGAGUAAAGUCCAGAGACCACAGCCCGGCUGCGGUGCACGCUGAAGUGUUGUCUUCCGGUGGAUCUGACCCAGCAGUGUCCAGCGAUGCCUGCGCUGCUCCAGACACACGGGAAGACGGUGGACAUGGCACUAGCUAUGUUGGCCAUACUACAGUUGAUUGGAAGUCGCUGGGGCAAGAGUUGAGGCCCAAUGACGUGACAACGGAUUCUACUCCCUUCCAGCAUGGAUCCCGUGCUUUAUCUACAAAGGACAUGAGGAAAUCACAGGACAGAGGCAUGCCUCACUCGGACGAGGCCCGACUGUCCAACCUGUUGCGCAGAGUGUCCCGUGAGGACGACCGGGACCGAAGGCUGGCGACGCUCAAGCAACUCAAGGACUUCAUCAGCCACAGCGAGAGCAAAACGACAUUGGGCAAACAACUGGACAAUAUCCUCAGCACCUUAAAUGACAUUUUGAAUGAGAGCAGUAAACUCCUGUGGGAGCUGCGGCAGGACGCGGCCUCCUGCCUGGGCCUGCUCUGCACCGUCCUGAGCUUUGAGGCCGAGCGCAUCUUCAAGUGGAUCUUUGUCAAGUUCUUGUCCUGCUCCCGGGACGAGGUGCGCCUGCUCUACCUGGUGGCGGCGCAGAGGGCCCUGGAGGCGGCCGGAGAGAGGAAGGCCUUCUCACACGUCAUGCAGCUGGUGAUGAACAACCUACAGUCCAUCCUGGAGAGUGUGGACACGCCAGAGCUGCUGUGCCAGAGCGUGCGCUGUAUCCUGCAGGUCGCACGCUGUUACCCACAUGUCUUCAGCACCAACUUCAGGGACACGGUGGAUAUCUUGGUGGGCUGGCACAUCGACCACACGCAGAAGCACUCUCUCACACAGCAAGUGUCAAGCUGGCUGCAGAGCCUGGAGCAGUUCUGGGUGGCAGAUCUCACCUUCUCCACCACCCUGCUGGGGCAGUUUCUCGAGGACAUGGAGGCAUAUGCAGAGGACCUGAAUCAUGUGGGCACAUUGGAGGUGCUAGAAGAAGACAUCCCUCCUCCCUCUGUGUCGCUGCCCAAACUGGCUGCUCUUCUGCGGGUCUUCAGCUCUGUGGUGCGCAGCAUAGGAGAAAGGUUUAAUCCAAUCAGAGGGCCUCCCAUCACUGAGGUCUAUGUGAAUGAUGUGUUGAGUCGAGUGCUGUCGUGUGUGAGCACAGCCAAACAGGUGCAGUUCUGUGAGUCUGUUCUGACUGCGGGGAAUGAGUGUGUAGGUGUGCUCCUGGCCAGUGUGGAGCCCAGCGGGCCCCUCAUGGAUGCAGUGCUUGCCUAUGGACUGGACCAGCUGAACUGCUGCAGGGCCUGUGGCUCAGACUUCAACCUGACUGUACUCAGCCUGCUCACCCUGAUUGUAGAGCAGAUCAACACCAAGCUGCCAGCGUCUUACGUGGAGAAACUUCUGGCCCCAGACUCUCUGCUUCUAGAGCUCCGCUUUCACCGAGAGGAGGAGGUGAUGUCGGCGGUCCAUGGGGUGUAUCAGGCCCUGCUGAGUCUGAAGAACAUUCCUACCCUGGAAGCAGCCUACAAGCUGGUUCUGGGGGAGAUAGCGUGUGCUCUGUCCAGCCUCCAGAGCAGCCUGGAGCCCAGUGCACAGGGCAGCGAUACUCCACCCCUUACCCUGCAGCACCCAGCCUUCUCUUCCCUCAUUCUGUCCCCAGACAAGGCAGAGUUCACGGUCAUCUUCAACCUCAGCACCCUCACCACUAUCGGCAACACCAAGAACUCCCUGAUCGGGAUGUGGGCGCUGUCUCCCACCGUGUUCGCUCUGCUCAGUCAGGACCUGCUGCUGGUGCACACUGAGCUGGCUGUGUUCUACCCUGCAGUUCAGUACGCGGUGCUCUUCACACUCUACUCCCACUGCACCAGACACGACCACUUCAUCUCGUCCAGCCUGUCCUCGUCCUCCCCCUCCCUGUUCGACGGAGCGGUCAUCAGCACCGUUACCACAGCGACCAAGAAGCACUUCAGCACCCUGCUCAACCUGCUGGGAGGCCUGCUGGUGAAGGAGCACCUCUACUCCGAGUCCAGGCGGCUGGUGCUGACCUGGGCUCAGGAGGUCUGUGUGGUCAUGAGGAAGUGUGACACUUACAGCCCUCUCUUCUCCCUGCCCUCCUUCACUCGCUUCUGCAGAGGGCUCCUGGCAAACGCGCUGACUGAAGACCAGAGCCUGUGUCUGCAGACAUGUACUGCCCUCCAGGUGAUCUCCUCGGCUCUGUCGCCGGAGCUCAUGCACAGGUGUGUGGAUGUGUGCAGAGUCCAGCUGGUCCACUCUGCGGUGCGCAUCAGACAGGCCUACAGCAAACUGCUCAAGACUCUGCCUCUGGACGUGGCUCUCAGUAACCAGAGUCAGUCCAGGCUGAAGGAGCUCUCUCAGGCCAUCCGCCGUCACAUCAGCCACGGCUCCAGCAGCACCUUCCACCCCCAGGACUUCAGUGACCUCAUCAGCUUCAUCCUGUACGGAGUGCUGCACCGCGGAGGCAAAGAGCCGUGGCUGGAGCGUCUGUACCAGAGCUGUCAGAGGCUGGAGAGGCGUGACGGUCGCGGGGCCGGGGAGAGCUCGGGGCCCGGCCUGGUCCCUCGCGCUCUGCUGAAGACAGAGGUGGUGCUAUGGCAGUGGGCCGUGUGGGAGGCCGCGCAGUUCACAGUUCUUUCCAAGCUGCGCACUCCGCUGGGCCGCGCACAGGACACCUUCCAGACCAUAGAAGGAAUGAUCCGCAGCCUGGCGGCCCACAGUGUGAACCCGGAGCAGGACGCAGGAGCCUGGUUUGGGGUGGGCACAGAUGGAGACUGUCACCACUCCAACCAGCUGCGUCUGGCUCUGCUGCUGCAGUACCUGGAGAAUCUGGACAAACUCAUGUACAACGCCUACGAGGGCUGUGCCAACGCACUGUCGCCGCCUCCCAAGGCCAUCAGGACGUUCUUUUACACAAACAGACAGACGUGUCAGGACUGGCUGACCCGCAUCCGCCUGGCUCUCAUGAGGGUGGGGCUCCUGUCGGGUCAGCCUGCAGUCACCAUCCGCCACGGCUUUGACCUGCUGUACGAAGUGAAGAGCAGCACCCCACAGGGCCCAGAGCUGGAGGUGGUGCUCAUGCUGCUGGUGGAUGCUCUGUGUGAGCUGCGUUGCCCCGAGGCCAUCCAUGGGCUGGUCUCCUGGAGCCUGUCCAACACGGGCCGCAGUCUGGGCUGGCUCUCCUCUGUGGCUCUGCAGGCUGAGGGCCGUUUUGAGAAAGCUGCUUUGGAGUACCAGGACCAGCUGUCUGCCGUUACCGGAGAGGACUGUUCCAUCACUGUGGCUUCUCCGCUGCUGCGAGUGGGUAGCAACAGCAGCAGCCCCAAGCACGGCAUCAACGGAGACAGUAAGAAGACGCUGCUGCUGAAGACCUCUGAGGGCUCUCCGGAGGUGCUCACCUUCCUGGCUAACAAGGCGUGUCAGUGCUAUGUGGCUCUGAGCGACUGGGACUCUGUGAAGGAGUGGCAAAAGAACAUCCACUCCCUCAAACACAGCGCGUCGAACCCCCAGAGCAUCAGCCUGAAAGCAGACUUCAACUACCUCCAGGCCCUCAGCCAUUUUGAGGCCGGGGAGCUGGAACAAUGCAGGGCCCAGCUGGAGCUUCUCCCUGGAGAGGACUGCAGUGCAUUGGCUACAGGCAAAGACAAGCUGGACCUGAAGAAGCUGCUGCCCUCCAUGAGCCCAGACCCCUCAGAGCUGCACAGAGCCAUCGAGGUGCAGGUGCUGCGGAGUGCUGUGAGCGCCAUGACCAAAGCAGAGCAGCCCACAGACGCCCUGUCCACGGCCAGUCCAGACAGUCUGGUGCGCUGUCUGAAGCAGACGGGCCGGAUUUGUCUGGGCCCCCUGCGCCUCUCCACCCUCACCCUGUCUGAUGCUUUACCCACACUGCCCCUACUGCAGCUGCACUGCACCAGCACUCUGGAGAGCACACUCACCGCCCAGGAGGAGUGUGUCAUCCCCCUGUAUAGUGAGGCUGUGAGCUCCUGUAAGCAGCAGGAUGUCAGACCUUUCCUCCAGGUGCUGCGAUACACAACGUUCCAAAAGCAGCUGCUGCAAAAGUUCAACGGCUCCUCCUCCUCAGCUGUAAACGGACACCUGAUGCAGCUUCAUCUGACCGCAGUCAAAUUUGCGCGUAAGAAAGGCAACAUUCACCUGGCAUAUCGUCUGCUGAACAAGUGUGCCGAGCGAGCCCCAGGGGACAGCGCUGAGGAGGAGCUGUACUCCGCCCUCAAGCGCCUGUCUCUGGACGCCUCCCUGCAGGAGACCUGGGGCCCGGAGCUGGAGAUCGAGAAGGCCAAGGUCCUGAGGACUGCAGGGCAGUCCACUGCAGCCAUGGAGAUGUUGAGUAAGAUGGCUGUUACCUACUGCACCGGGAGGAAGAACGAGAGCGCCUCGUGCAGGUCUGUGCUCACGCUGUGCAAGUGGCUGCUGGCCGACUGGAAGGACAUGACGCCUCAGCUCAAACAGGUGGUGAAGAAGUGCAGUGUGCAGAACUCCAACAGUAUGAGCAGCCUCAGUCAGAACAUCGCGGCUUUGUUGGCAGUGCCUCUGGAGGACCAGGGCACUCUCCACAUCAGUGCAGAGACUUCAGUCAAAGUGGGCGUAGGAGAGGCAGACUAUGUGCUGGGCCAGCUCUACCAGCUUUCCACCAGCCUGGCCCCGGAGAUGGCAAAGUCCUGGGCAGCCCUGGCCAGCUGGAGCUACCGCUGGGGCAGAAAGGUGGUGGAUAAUGCCAGCCAAGGGGAGGGGCUGCCUCUGCUGCCCACAGAGAAGAAGGAGAUUGAGGAGCUCUUGCCUGAAGGCACCAGUGAAGAAGAUAAGGGUGUCAUCUUCAGCGUCCUGGGACAGGCCAUGUGCCGGCCCACAGGCAUACAGGAUGAGGACAUGGCCCUGCAGCAGGACGAUGAGGAGGAUGACCUGGUGGAUGUGAUCUGGAGGCAGCUCACUACAGCCUGCCCCUGGCUGCUGGACAUGGGCCAACCCAUUGCAGACGGCCUCAUCAGGGUGUGGAGGCGUGUGGUGGACCGCAUCUUUGGUCUGUACCGGAUCUCCUGUCAGGCCUACUUCACCUUCCUCAAGCUCAACGCUGGACAGGUGCCCCUGGAUGAGAACGACCCUAAACUCAUCCUGUCCUGUACCGUGAGUAAGCAGAGCAAUGAUGACCUGAUCGUCAUGGCUACUCUGCGCCUCCUGCGGUUGUUGGUCAAGCAUGCAGGAGAGCUCCGAGAGGGUCUGGAGGUCGGCCUGGCCUCCACCCCGACAGCCCCCUGGAGAGCCAUCAUCCCACAGCUGUUUUCUCGGCUGAACCACCCCGAGGCCUACAUCCGCCAGAGCAUCUGCAGCCUGUUGUGUCGAGUGGCCCAGGACUCUCCACACCUCGUCCUGUACCCUGCCAUCGUGGGCUCGCUGUCCCUGGGAGGGGAGGCUCAGAGCGCAGGGGAAAAGCUGCCCUCUGCCCUGCCCACCUUCUUGGGCAGCAUGCAGAGUGAUGGGCUGGGGGAGGAAGAGGAGGAGCAGUCUGACAGCAGCAGAGUAGAGGCGUCUGCGGAGCUGAGCUGCAGUCCAGACCAGGCCAUGAUGCACGACUGCUACAGCAAGAUCGUGGAGAAGCUGUCCCAGGCCAACCCUGUCAUGGUGCUGCAGGUGCAGCAGCUGGUCGGCGAGCUGCGGCGGGUCACUCUGCUCUGGGACGAGCUGUGGCUUGGCGUCCUGCAGCAGCAGAACAUGCAUGUGAUGAGGAGGAUCCAACAGCUGGAGGACGAGGUCAAGAGAGUUCAGAGCAACACCACCCUGCGCAGGGAUGAGAAGACGGCCAUCAUGAGGGAGAAGCACUCGGCCCUGAUGCGGCCCGUGGUGUUUGCCCUGGAACACGUUUGCAGCAUCACGUCUGCUCCGGUGGAGACGCCGCACGAGCAGUGGUUCCAACAAACCUACGGAGACGCCAUCAGCACCGCCCUGGAGCGACUACGCAACCCCCACAACCCGGCCAGCCCUGCCAGCAGCUGGGGGCCCUUCAAACAGAUUAUGCUGAACCUGCAGCAGCGCACUCACAAGAGAGCCAGCUACCUGCUGCGCCUGGACGAGAUCAGCCCUCGUCUGGCCUCCAUGAGCACCACAGAGAUGGCGCUCCCAGGAGAGGUUUCUGCCUCCGACACGGUCACCAUCCAGAACGUGGGCAACACCAUCACCAUCCUGCCCACUAAGACCAAGCCCAAGAAACUCUUCUUCCUGGGCUCAGACGGACACAACUACCCCUACCUCUUCAAAGGGCUGGAGGACCUGCACUUGGAUGAGCGCAUCAUGCAGUUCUUGUCUAUUGUAAACACCAUGUUCACAAAGAUCAACCAGCAGGAGCAGCCUCGCUUCCACGCUCGCCACUACUCGGUGACUCCUCUGGGCACUCGCUCAGGCCUCAUCCAGUGGGUGGACGGCGCCACGCCUCUGUUCGGCCUGUACAAGCGCUGGCAGCAGAGAGAGGCCGCGCUGCAGUCUCAGAAGGCCCAGGAGAAUGCCCAGGCUGCCCCCCAGGCCGCACCGUCUGUGCCCAGGCCCAGUGAGCUGUACUACAGCCACAUCGGCCCGGCUCUGAAGGCCGUGGGGCUGAGUACGGAGGUGUCUCGACGGGACUGGCCUCUCAGCGUCAUGAAAGAUGUGCUCAAAGACCUGAUGGAAGCCACUCCCUCCAAUCUGCUGGCCAAGGAGCUGUGGUGCUCCUGUACCACGCCCAGCGAGUGGUGGAGGGUCACACAGUCGUACGCCCGGUCCACGGCGGUCAUGUCCAUGGUGGGAUACAUUAUUGGGCUCGGUGACCGUCACCUGGACAACGUUCUCAUCGACAUGACGUCCGGGGAGGUGGUGCACAUAGAUUACAACGUGUGCUUUGAGAAAGGGAAGAGUCUCCGCGUUCCCGAGAAGGUCCCGUUCAGGAUGACCCACAACAUCGAGGCGGCUCUGGGAGUGACGGGGGUCGAGGGCAUUUUCCGCCUUUCCUGCGAACAGGUGGUCCAGAUGAUGCGUCGGGGCAGAGAGACCCUCCUGACGCUGCUGGAGGCGUUUGUGUAUGACCCCCUGGUGGACUGGACCGCUGGGGGCGAGGUGGGCUUCGCGGGGGCUGUGUACGGAGGAGGGGGCCAGCAGGCGGAGAGCAGACAGAGCAAGAGGGAGAUGGAGCGAGACAUCACACGCUCACUCUUCUCCUCGCGUGUGGCAGAAAUCAAGGUAAACUGGUUUAAGAACAGAGACGAGAUGCUGGCAGUGCUCCCACAGAUGGAAGAGAAUCUGGACGAGUACAUGAUGCUCCAGGAGCUGCUGUUUAAGGGGGAGAAGCAGCAGGUUACUCUGCAGGAGGAGCUGAGCUUCCUGGAAGGAGCAGAGGGCCACCCAGACCACCUCAUCCUGACUCUGGAGCAGAGGUACUCCGAGCACAACCAGCUUCAGUCUCGACAGAGGACGGUGCAGGAGGCCAUCCAGUCCAAGCUGUCUGACUUGGAGCACUACAUCAGCCAGUACCAGGCAGCCUUCUCCAGCCUAGAGGCCACUCAGCUGGCCAGCCUGCUGCAGGACAUUAGCAGCCCCAUAGACCUGGGUCCUCCCAGCUAUGUGCCAGCUACAGCGUUCCUACAGAACGCAGGCCAGGCCCUUGUGAUCAGCCAGUGUGAGAGCCUGGAGGCAGAGCUGAGCUCUCUGCUGCAGCAGCGCCGUGGAUUUCUGCGUGGCUGUCUGGAGCAGCUGCACAGCUAUGCCACUGUGGCCUUGUUGUACCCUCGCAUCAGCUUACGGCGCCAUCGAGCGUACAAGUGGAAGAGCUGGUUAGAGGAGCUCAUGAGAGAGAUGACCACAGACGGAUGCCAGCAGAUCUAUCGGCAAUACGAGGUGCUGUUUGCGUCCCAGAGCCCUUCACCUUCUUGUCAGUUCCUUUCCAAAAUGGAGCUGAUGUUACAGCAUCAAGUGGCUGAGGCCAAUGAGCGGAUGCUGCACCAGGCUGAGCGGCUGAAGGCCGAGGGCAGCAGUGCGACUGCAUGUGAGGAGCAGCUGCAGGAGAUCGAGCGCUGUAUGGCAGUCUUCCUCCAGGAGAACGGAGAAGCAGGAGCUCUGAGCCUGUCAGGAAUCAUCACCUCUGCUCUGUGCACUCUGUGCAGGAGGAACCUCGUGAUGGAAGGAGCUGCAGCCAGUGCAGGAGAGCAGCUGCUGGAGCUAACGUCUCGAGACGGGGCCUGGUUUCUGGAGGAGCUGUGUAGUAUGAUGGGAAAUGUGUGUGCUCUUAGCACCUUGCUACAAUGCUGCCCCCCACAACCCCAUGACCUGGACCUGCCUGCUCCCUCCACCACCAGCCAGACCAUGUACCUGGCCAACGCCGUCUACACCUGCCUACAGGAACUGAACACAAACUUCCGUCAGAUCAUCUUCCCUGAGGCUCUGCGCUGCAUGAUCAAAGGAGAGCCCUCUCUGGAGAGCAUGCUGACGGAGCUGGACACUCUGGUGGAGCAGUCGUCUGACGGGCUGGGCCUCCAGGAGCUCAUAGACAGUCUUCAGGCCUCUGCAGGAUUGGAGCAUGAUGGACACUGUCUGCAUAUCACCAGGAUGCUGCGCGCUCAGUACUCUGAGCUCAUCCAACCUCGCAGUGACAGCUCUGCUCAGGGCCCUGCAAAGGCCUCGGCACAGGGCACAGCGGCACAGAUGUCUGCUGGGCAGAUGCUGCUGGUGGCUUUUGAUGGCAUGUUCACCCAGCUCGGGACUGCCUUUGGCCAGCUAACAGAGAAGCUCGGCUCUUUGGAGGUGCCACUGGCCUGGAGGAAGCUGGACGUGUUGAAGGAGGCCCGCUCGUCUCAGAUGCACUUCUUUGACACCACGUCUCAGAGGCAGCACAUGGACGAACUCUUCUUCCUCAAGAGGCUGCAGACCAUCAGGGACUUCUUCAAACUCUGCUCCUCCUUCUCCCAAGUGCUCUCCGGUACUUACUCGUCUGAAGACCUGUUCCCCACUAACGGCCCAGGUGCUUUAGGAGCCCCGUCCCUGCACCUGCCCCAUGGCUCUGCGGCUGUAGUGAGCGAGGAGCAGAUGAUCCGACCCAUUCGAGCCUUCACCGCGGACUUUGUACGAGAGAUGUUGAUGGGGCUGCCGAGUCAGGCCAUGGGGCUGGCCCUGUCCAGCAUGGUCUCUGCUCUGGGCAUGGACAUCGUCAGCCACGUGGAGGCCAAGGACUUCGGAGCAGAGAGCAAGGUGUCUCUGGAGGAGGUGUGCAAGGCUGCAGUGGAGCAGUGCUUAGCCUCUGGCCGUGUCUCUCAGCUGCUGCUGAACAGAGCCACAGUGUUGGCCUCGUCCUUCGACACGGCCUGGAAGAAGAUGGACCUCCUCCGCAGACUGGACACAGGUUUGGACAUAGCUAAGGCUGGUGUCCAGCGCAGCCAACUCCACACCGCCCUGUUCCAGUGGCAACACGAGGACGUACUGGGCCCCAGCAGUCAGCCCCUGAGUGUGAGCAUCCCUCCCCGCUCCAUCAUCCUCAACAACAUGAAGAAGAAGCUGUACAAGCUGAGCCAAGAGGAGAGCGCCAUCGCAGCGGUGCAGGAGAAGCUAGUGUCUCUGGAGGCCAGUAUCGAGCAGCGUCUGAAGUGGGCAGGAGGAGCGAACCCUGCCCUGGCCCCGGUGCUGCAGGACUUUGAGCUGACCAUCAGAGAGAGGCGUGGCAUGGUGGCCCGGGAGAACCAGCGCACCAACCAGGUGACCUUCCUCUGCUCCACCAUCCUGAACCUGGAGGGUCUGAGGACUCGGACCCCUGAGGCCCUGAGCAUGGACUCCACUCUGUUCGAGCUGGUGAAGAGGUGUCAGCAGACCUGCUCCUACGCCGCCCAGUUCAACAGCAGCGUGUCCGCUCUGGAGCUGCAGCUGCUGCACAGGCUGAGCCCUGUGCUGGAGCUCCCCAUCGGCAGCCCGGACUGGCUGAGCUGUGCCCGCAGACGCCUGGAGGAGGAGCUGGCCCUGGAGCAGAGGAAGCAGGAGGAGCAGGAGCGGCAGCUGGAGGCCUGUGGAGAAACUCUGCAGCUGCUGGUGGACUCCAUCAAGAGCAUCCUGUCCACACACAACAGACAGCUGGCAGACGUCAAGCACCUGCUGCGAGCCAUGGCCAAGGACGAAGAGGCCGCUCUCACUGAGGGGGAGGAGGUGGUGUACGAGGGCAGCGUGCGGCACUACCAGAUGGAGUACAAGGCGUGGCAGGACAACAUGCAGCUGUGCCUGUUCACCGUGGUGCAGGCCAGUGGGCAGCCGCGCAGCCAGGAGCAGGUGGAGCUCCUGGAGGAGGUGCCCGGCACGCUGAAGGAGCUGCUCACCCAGACGCAGAGUGUUUACAACGGACUGGUGAGCUUCGCUUCUCCUCUGGUCACGGACAGAGACACGGCCUGCAACAGCCCCGUGCCACAGUCCACCUUCGCCACAGCCGUGCGCUGCAGCCUGGUGAAGACUCAGCCGGACUCCAUGUCCCAGAACACACGCAAGACCCUCCCACGGAACAUCGCCACGCCCACCGACACCCCGCCCAGUGCUUUAGCGGUGAACAAAGGCCUGAACCCCAGCCCCAAGAGGGCGCUGCGGGACCCCAAAACAGGGAGAGCGGUGCAGGAGAGGAACUCGUACGCCGUCAGUGUGUGGAAGAGGGUGAAGGCCAAACUGGAGGGCCGCGACAUUGACCCAAACCGGAGGAUCAGCGUCACAGAGCAGGUGGACAUGGUGAUUAAGGAGGCCACCAGUCUGGACAACCUGUCGCAGCUCGAAGGCUUGGAGAUCCAGCAGACUCCUGUGGGUCUGAGGCCACAGCCGCACGGAGCACAGGGGGAGGAGCUGUGGAGGCACCUGCGCUCCUGGCACCCCUCGCCGGCAGCCACACGACCCGCCACAUACAGAGGGCCACACUACGCUCUCUUGGUCUGCGGUCAGCCCGUCUUUCUGGGUGUGGGUGGUAAAGUGCUGUGGGAUGGGAACGGGGCACCGGCCUCUGUGCCCGCCCCCCCUACACCCCCACAGCCGCUCUCGUACCCAUGA